AUGCCACGGUCAAGCCUGAUGUCGGCGGCAAGAAGGAGAAGAAAGCCGUGGAUAUCAAGAAGUUCACUAUCGACCUACUCACUGGUGGUACUGGCGGCCGCCAUCUCGAAAACCGCCGUCGCUCCCAUCGAGAGAGUCAAACUGUUACUUCAGGUACAAGAUGCCUCGAAAACAAUUUCGGCUGAAAAACGGUACAAAGGUAUCAUCGACGUGUUGGUUCGUGUACCGAAAGAGCAAGGUUUCUUUUCUCUUUGGAGAGGAAAUUUUCGUGCGCAAAUGUGGCUGAGUACAUCCCGACGCCAGGCGCUCAACUUCGCCUUCAAGGACACGUUUAAUGUGAUUUUCUUGAAAGGCGUUGACAAAAAGAAGGACUUUUGGCGAUUCUUUGGGGGUAAUCUUGCAUCGGGAGGAGCUGCUGGUGCAACGUCUCUUUGUUUCGUGUAUCCACUUGAUUCGCUCGAACUCGGCUGGCUGUUGACAUCGGAAAAGGAAAAGGGCGAGAAUUUCAAGGGCUCACUGAUUGUUUGGUCAAGGUGUUCAAGUCAGAUGGACCAAUAG